UGCACCAAUGUGUGCAAAUUGGAAAUUUGCCUGCAGAGGCCAGAAGAGGGCAUCAAUCUCCUGGAACAGGACUUAGGGACAGUUGCCAGCCACCUUGGGGAUGCUGGGAACCAAACCAGGUCCUCUGCAAGAGCAGCCAGUGCUCUUAACUGAUGAACCAACUGCUGAGCCUAUUUCAAAAAAGUAAUUUUGAUAUAGUCUUGCCAUGUAUCACUGACUGGGGCUGCUACUUGGUGGUGUACCCCGGGCUGACCUGGGACUAAUACCUAACCCUCCUGCCUCUGGCACAUGGCCUCUGUCACUGUGGCUAACCCGAGUCUCUUUUGUAAAAUAUAAAACUAUUUGGAGUACUGUUAGAACUAAAAAGAUAAUGCACUGCGUGGUAUAUGCACUCAACAGCUCCCUCCUGCUGAUGUGUUCAUAGAACAGUGCGAUAGAAAUUCACUAUCUGGCAUCGCUGGUUUUCUUAGCUUUGGUGCCUAUUAAACCUGGUAUUUCCAAUGAAACAGUUGCAUAUAUAUAAAAAAAGAUAAUGCACAAAAUAGCCUCAUCAGUUGAAGGCAGAUGUUAUUCCUGUUCAAUUCUGAGAUGAGGGCAUCAGAUUUUUGUUUAUUUUUUCUUUGUUUUGUUUUGGGAUAGAGUCAUACUACGUAGUCCUCACUGGCCUAGAACUCACUAUGUAGACCAGGCUGGCCUUGAAUUCACAAAGAUCCAUCUACCUCUGGGAUUAAAAAUGUGGACCACCACACCCAGCAGAAAUCAGAUUCUUAAGGGAGUUCUUAACGUGGGAAGUUUGCAAACCAGUGAUAGAGGUGUAUGGGAAAUAGUGGAAAAACAGUGCUAGAAAAGUGAACUGCCAUGAGAACCAGGAGGCCCAGGCUACACUGAUAAUUCGUUUCAUUUCACCGGAUGAUCAGCGAAAAACAGAAACAAAUAACCCUCCAAGGCCCAAAAGAUAGUUCCAGUGGACAGUGGCAAGACGGCCGGGAGCCUCCCAGCCGACUACAUCUCCCAUGGUGCUUUGCGCCCCAGACAGCUUCUCUACGCCUGCACGUGAGCCUGCCCGCCCCUCCAUCCUCUAGUUACUGUCUCUCGCGAGAAAACGGGCCACGCCGGCUAUAGCGAUAGCGAGCCUUGGUGGUUGUGGUGGUGGUGGUGGUGGUGGCGGCCAAGACGGCGGCGGCCAUUUUGGUGAGGCCUCGGGAGUGGCGGUGGCGGGUCGCUUGGAGUAGUCUCCUCUUUCUCCAACCCACUGAUCGCACCUCCGUAGCGUGACUGGAAGCAGCAGACGUACAGGGGUGGCUGUAGCCGCAGCCCCCAAGGGAAUUUAAGGUCGUGAAGUCGGCGGGCGAGAGGGGGCCCUCCCCCCUCCUCGGCGGGAGGGGGGUGGUGAGCACGCCCCCGAGGACGCAGGUAAGGAGAGGAAGACAAGAUGGCGGAGGCUCUUCAGUUCCCCCCUCCCCUGACGGGUGGCUGCGCGCGCAUCUGUACUGUCGCCUCCUUCCCACCUUCCCGGGGUGUUGCGCGCGCACCUUCAGCCGGGGCCCUGAGGCCGGUGAGCGAGGCUGUCUGCGCGAGCCCAUAGGGACCAUAGGGGGGGUCAGGCCGGGUGGCAGCGGAUCCCGGCGCGUCUCCUCGCCCCCUCCUGCCCUUCUGCGCACGCGUGCCUGAGUGAGCGAGCCCUGAGAGGACGGACUCAGGUGCACUUCUGCCCACCAGCCAGCCGGUCUCCCUGCGGGAGAGGGAAGAGGAAGGGGGGCGUGGGACGAGCAGUCGGGUCGCGUGCCCACCACAUCCACUCAGGAGACUGGAGCUGGCGGCGGCGGCGACCCUUCCUUCCGCGGCCUUUUGCGGUGUGAUUUCUCUCAUUACGGCAGCACCGUGGAAGUGCAGACUUUCACAGGGGGUGUGGUCUCAGCUCACACAGGUGCUCCAGAGGCUGGUGGACCUGAGCGGAGGCUGGGACGCCCUGGUGGGCCCCGGGCCCUGGAAGGCAGGUCCCGGUGGCUGGUGGCCCAGAAUGAGGCCAGCUCCCAGCAUGCCCUGCAGCCGGACACCAGCCCCUCGGCCUGCAGCAGCGGUGAUAACUCAGUCAUUCUUCAGGCAUCCAACAAGGAGCCUGGGAGUGGGACCAUGCAGAGCAGCCCCUCCCCUGCUCAUCCUCAGCUCCCAAUCCUACAGACACAGAUGGUGUCGGACGGCAUGACAGGCAGCAAUCCUGUGUCCCCUGCCUCAUCUAGUUCCCCAGCUUCUAGUGGGGCAGGUGGCAUCUCUCCCCAGCACAUAGCUCAAGAUUCCUCUCUGGAUGGACCUCCAGGCCCACCAGAUGGUGCCACAGUUCCUCUGGAGGGGUUCAGCUUACCCCAGUCUGCUGACCUGGUCAACAAGGGCCCAAAGUGGGAGAAGAGCCAUGCAGAAAUCGCAGAGCAGGCCAAACAUGAAGCUGAAAUUGAGACUCGGAUUGCUGAACUUCGGAAGGAAGGAUUCUGGUCACUGAAGAGGCUACCUAAAGUGCCAGAACCUCCCCGCCCUAAAGGCCACUGGGACUAUCUGUGUGAAGAGAUGCAGUGGCUCUCUGCUGACUUUGCUCAGGAGCGCAGAUGGAAACGAGGUGUGGCUCGUAAGGUGGUGCGUAUGGUGAUCCGGCACCAUGAAGAACAGCGUCAAAAAGAGGAAAGAGCUCGGAGGGAAGAACAGGCCAAGCUACGCCGAAUUGCCUCCACCAUGGCCAAGGAUGUCAGGCAGUUCUGGAGCAAUGUGGAGAAGGUGGUACAGUUCAAACAGCAGUCCCGGCUUGAAGAAAAGCGCAAAAAAGCCUUGGACCUACACUUGGACUUCAUUGUGGGACAAACUGAGAAGUACUCAGACCUUUUAUCUCAGAGCCUUAACCAGCCACUAGCCUCCAGCAAAGCUGGCUCCUCCCCUUGCCUUGGCUCUUCUUCUGCAGCAUCCAGUCCUCCACCUCCUGCAUCUCAGCUGGAUGAUGAAGAUGGGGACUUCCAACCCCAAGAGGAAGAAGAAGAGGAUGAUGAGGAGACCAUAGAGGUUGAAGAACAGCAGGAAGGCAAUGAUGCAGAGACCCAGAGGCGUGAGAUUGAGCUGCUUCGACACGAGGGAGAACUGCCAUUGGAAGAGCUGCUCCGUUCUCUCCCCCCUCAGCUGCUAGGAGGACCUUCUAGCCCCUCUCCCACCCCCUCAUCUCAUGAUAGUGACACUCGUGAUGAGCCUGAAGAAAGUGUUGAAGAGGAACCAUCUCAGGUUUUGGAGGUAUAUACAGAAGAGGUUAAGCUCCCACCUUCCUCGGUCUCACAUUGCAACAAACAGAGUUGGCAUCCAGAUGAAGAUGAUGAAGAGUUUACUGCCAAUGAGGAUGAAGCGGAAGAUGAAGAGGAUACCAUAGCAGCUGAGGAACAGUUGGAAGGGGAAGUGGAUCAUGCCAUGGAGCUGAGCGAGUUGGCUCGAGAAGGUGAGCUUUCUGUGGAGGAGCUGCUGCAGCAGUAUGCAGGGGCUUAUGCCUCUGAUGCUUCUGCUCCAGGCUCUGGGAGUAGCGAAGAUGAUGAGGAGGAGGUUGAAGCCAACAGUUCUGGCUGUGAACCAGAAGAAGCAAGAGAGGCUGAAGAGGCAGCUGAAGAUGACUGUAGUGACCAGUCAGACUCUGCUGAGGAGCAGAGUGAGGAUGAGGAAGAUGAUCAUUCAGAGGAGGAAGAAACAAGUGGCAGUUCACAAUCAGAAGAAUCUGAGCCUGAUGAGUCAGAUGAUGCCCAGUCACAGAGGAGUGAAGCAGAUGAACAGGAGGAAGAUGAGGAAGAUGACGAUGAUUUUGGGGUGGAGUACUUGCUUGCUCGGGAUGAAGAAAGGAGUGAGGCAGAUGGGGGAAGUGGUCCUCCCACCCCAGGUCCCACCACCACUCUAGGCCCAAAGAAAGAAAUUACUGAUAUUGCUGCAGCAGCUGAAAGUCUCCAGCCCAAGGGUUAUACUUUGGCCACUACCCAGGUGAAGACACCUAUCCCUCUGCUCCUGCGGGGCCAGCUCCGAGAGUACCAACACAUUGGGCUUGAUUGGCUAGUUACAAUGUAUGAGAAGAAGCUGAAUGGCAUUCUUGCAGAUGAGAUGGGACUGGGGAAGACAAUACAGACCAUCUCUUUGCUUGCUCACUUGGCCUGUGAGAAAGGUAACUGGGGUCCCCAUUUAAUCAUUGUUCCCACCAGUGUGAUGUUGAACUGGGAGAUGGAGUUGAAACGUUGGUGCCCCAGCUUUAAAAUCCUCACUUACUAUGGAGCUCAGAAAGAGAGGAAGCUCAAGCGGCAGGGGUGGACCAAGCCCAAUGCUUUCCAUGUGUGUAUCACAUCUUACAAGCUGGUGCUGCAGGAUCAUCAGGCCUUCCGCCGCAAGAACUGGCGCUAUCUCAUUCUGGAUGAGGCUCAGAACAUCAAGAACUUCAAGUCCCAGCGUUGGCAGUCACUGCUCAACUUCAACAGCCAGAGGCGCCUGCUCCUGACAGGAACACCAUUGCAGAAUAGUCUCAUGGAGCUGUGGUCCUUGAUGCAUUUUUUGAUGCCUCAUGUCUUCCAGUCUCAUCGUGAGUUCAAGGAAUGGUUCUCUAACCCUCUAACUGGAAUGAUUGAGGGCAGCCAAGAAUAUAAUGAAGGUCUAGUCAAACGCCUCCACAAGGUUUUGCGUCCUUUUUUGCUACGCCGAGUUAAGGUGGAUGUUGAGAAGCAGAUGCCCAAAAAGUAUGAGCAUGUUAUCCGCUGCCGGCUCUCCAAGCGCCAACGCUGUCUCUAUGAUGACUUCAUGGCACAGACCACAACUAAGGAGACACUAGCCACAGGCCAUUUCAUGAGUGUCAUCAACAUUUUGAUGCAGUUGCGGAAAGUCUGCAAUCAUCCAAAUCUGUUUGACCCUCGACCUGUUACCUCCCCAUUCAUCACCCCAGGCAUCUGCUUCAGCACCGCCUCUCUGGUGCUAAGGGCCACUGAUGUUCACCCACUCCAGAGAAUAGACAUGGGUCGGUUUGAUCUUAUUGGCCUGGAGGGUCGUGUCUCUAGAUACGAGGCUGACACAUUUCUUCCCCGCCACCGCCUUUCUCGCCGCAUACUGCUAGAGAUAGCUACUGCUCCUGAUCCCCCACCUCGUCCCAAGCCAGUCAAGAUGAAGGUUAACAGGAUGCUGCAGCCAGUGCCCAAGCAAGAAGGUCGCACAGUGGUUGUAGUGAACAGCCCACGGACACCCCUUGGCCCUGUCUCAGUCCGCCCCACUCUAGGCCCCGAGUUCUCAGCCCAGCCCGCUCCUGGUCCAGUCCCCCCAGUGCUGCCUGCACCACUGAUGGUGUCAGCUUCACCUGCAGGACCCCCACUUGUUCCUGCAUCCCAGCCGCCUGGACCUGUUCUCUUGUCUCCCUUGCAACCAAAUAGUGGUCCUCUCCCCCAGGUGUUGCCAUCCCCUCUGGGAGUUCUGAGUGGGACCUCACGGCCUCCCACACCCACCCUGUCACUGAAGCCAGCCCCACCUGCCCCAGUUCGCCUGAGCCCAGCUCCACCUCCAGGCUCCUCUAGCCUGUUGAAGCCCCUCACAGUGCCACCAGGCUACACUUUUGCUCCUGCUCCUGCUGCUGCUGCCACCACUUCUACCACCAUAGCAACUGUUACCACCACAGCAGUGCCAGCUCCAACUUCUACACCACAGCGCCUCAUCUUAUCUCCUGAAAUGCAGGCCCGCCUGCCCUCUGGAGAAGUGGUCAGCAUCGGUCAGUUGGCCUCACUGGCACAACGUCCAGUGACUAGUGCUGGGGGAAGCAAACCUCUCACCUUCCAAAUCCAGGGCAACAAACUGACUUUGACUGGUGCCCAGGUGCGCCAACUUGCUGUGGGGCAGCCCCGCCCGCUGCAAAGGAAUGUGGUGCACCUGGUGUCAGCAGGGGGGCAGCACCACCUCAUCAGCCAGCCUGCCCAUGUGGCUCUCAUCCAGGCCGUGGCCCCGACCCCUGGCCCCACCCCUGUCUCUGUGCUGCCUUCUUCGACCCCCAGCACCACCCCUGCCCCCACUGGCCUCGGCCUUCCGCUUGCUGCUAACCAGGUGCCACCAUCCAUGGUGAAUAAUACAGGUGUGGUGAAGAUUGUAGUGAGACAGGCUCCCCGGGAUGGACUGACUCCUGUUCCACCAUUGGCACCAGCACCCCGGCCUCCAAGUUCUGGGCUUCCAGCUGUGUUGACUCCACGCCCUACAUUAACUUCCAGUCGACUAACCACACCUACUCUGGGUACUGCUCGUGCUCCCAUACCCACACCUGCUCUGGUGAGGCCCCUUCUCAAGCUGGUCCACAGUCCUUCGCCUGAAAUCAGUGCUUCAGCACCUGGCGCUUCUCCCAUGACCAUCUCUUCGUCUCUGCAUGUGCCGUCCUCACUCCCUGGGCCAGCCUCUUCUUCAAUGCCAGUUCACAGCUCUCCCCUUGCUAGUCCCAUGUCCUCUACAGUCUCGGUCUCUGUGUCAUCAUCACUUCCCAUUGUCCCUACCACAGUUCCUUCCUCAGCCUCUGCUCCACCUACCGUCCCCGUCUCAGCCCCCUUGCCUGUUUCAGCUUCAGGCCCAACUCUGUUGACCAGUGUGGCUCCAGCACUGACACCUGUUGUCUCAGCAGCAUCUGGACCACCUUUGGCAUCCACUGGGGUUUCCCCAUCUGUGUCAGCCUUGGCUCUAGGUUUGGCUACUGCUCCAGCCCUGUCCCCACCUCAGACAUCUGGUCAUUCUCUGUUGUUGGCUUCCACAUCUUCACAUGUUCCAGGAUUGAACUCAGCUGUGGCCCCAGCGUGCUCACCUGUCCUGGUGCCAGCUUCAGCUCUGGCCAGUCCUUUCCCUGCAGCACCAAAUCCAGCUCCAUCUCAGGCUUCCCUCCUGGCCCCAGCACCUUCUGCAUCUCAGGCAUUAGCCACCUCUCUGGCUCCGAUGGCAGCUUCACAGACAACAAUUCUGGGUCCUUCUCCGGCUCCUCCUCUGACACCACUUCCAGUUCUGGCUCCACCACUAAGUCCUAUUCCUGUCCUGGCUCCAUCUCAGAAUCCGCUUCCAGCUAUAGCUCCAUCAUCAAUGCCAGGAACCCCUUUACCCUUAUCAUCACUGGUACCAACUCCAACUCCUGUAUUGGCUGCAUCAUCAACUCAAACUAUGGUACCAACUGCAGUUCCAUCACCUCUUUCAAGCCUGGCUUCUACACAGACGUUGACCCUAACCCCGACUUUAGCACCCGCUCUUGGUGGAUUGUCACCAUCUCAGACACAUUCUGUGGGAGGAGGAAGUCCUCAGGGGCCCUUUUCAACUCAGACUUUGUCAUUGACUCCAGCAUCAUCCUUGGUAUCAACUCCAGCGCAGACACUGUCUUUGGCACCAGGAGCAUCACUGGGUCCAACUCAGACACUGUCUCUGGCUCCAAGUUCACCAGUAGCCCCUGCUCCAGCUCACACAUUGACUUUGGCUCCAGCAUCAUCAUCUGCUUCACUCCUGGCCCCACCUUCAGUGCAAACACUGACCUUGAGCCCUGCUCCAGUUCCUAUACCUGCUCUGGGUCCAGCAGCUGCUCAGACCUUAGCACUGGCUCCAGCGUUAACACAGGCUCCAGCUUCCCCGGCAUCUUCCCUUGUUUCUACUCCUGGUACCACUUCCUUGCCUGUCACCGUGGUAAACCGGCUGCCAGUUCCCAAGGAUGAGCCUGAGACACUGACAUUGCGGUCUGGUCCUCCCAGCCCUCUUUCCACUGCUACCUCGUUCAGUGGCCCCCGACCUCGACGCCAGCCCCCACCACCACCUCGUUCCCCAUUCUAUCUGGACUCUCUGGAAGAAAAGCGGAAGCGACAACGAUCUGAACGCCUGGAACGGAUUUUUCAACUUAGUGAGGCUCAUGGGGCCCUGGCACCUGUGUAUGGGACUGAAGUCCUGGAUUUCUGUACCCUGCCCCAACCUGUUGCCAGCCCCAUCGGCCCUCAUUCUCCUGGUCCCAGCCACCCCACCUUUUGGACUUAUACCGAGGCUGCCCACCGGGCUGUAUUGUUUCCCCAGCAACGACUAGACCAGCUGUCAGAAAUCAUUGAGAGAUUCAUCUUUGUCAUGCCUCCUGUGGAGGCACCUCCCCCUUCCCUGCAUGCCUGCCACCCACCUCCUUGGCUGGCCCCUCAUCAGACAGCCUUCCAAGAGCAAUUGGCCUGUGAGCUCUGGCCCCGCGCUCGUCCUUUGCACCGUAUUGUGUGUAAUAUGCGCACCCAGUUCCCUGACUUGAGACUCAUCCAGUAUGAUUGUGGAAAGUUGCAGACAUUGGCAGUGCUAUUGCGACAGCUCAAGGCAGAGGGCCACCGGGUGCUCAUUUUCACCCAGAUGACCCGAAUGCUGGAUGUAUUGGAGCAGUUUCUCACCUACCAUGGCCACCUAUAUUUGCGUCUGGAUGGCUCUACUAGAGUUGAACAGAGACAGGCCUUGAUGGAACGCUUCAAUGCAGAUAAACGCAUAUUCUGCUUCAUCCUUUCAACUCGAAGUGGAGGUGUGGGUGUGAACCUGACAGGAGCAGACACUGUUGUUUUUUAUGACAGUGACUGGAAUCCUACCAUGGAUGCUCAGGCCCAGGAUCGCUGUCAUCGAAUUGGCCAGACUCGAGAUGUCCACAUCUAUAGGCUGAUCAGUGAACGUACAGUAGAGGAAAACAUUCUUAAAAAGGCAAAUCAGAAGAGAAUGUUGGGAGACAUGGCCAUUGAGGGAGGCAACUUCACUACAGCCUAUUUUAAGCAGCAAACCAUCCGAGAGCUGUUUGAUAUGCCUCUGGAGGAGCCAUCUGGCUCGUCUGUACCUUCUGCUCCUGAGGAGGAAGAGGAGACUGUGGCCAGCAAGCAGACUCAUAUUUUGGAGCAGGCAUUGUGUCGAGCCGAAGAUGAAGAGGAUAUCCGUGCAGCCACCCAGGCCAAAGCUGAACAAGUGGCUGAGCUUGCAGAAUUUAAUGAGAAUGAUGCUGGUGAGGGAGAGGAAACUAGUCGGCCUGGGGCUGAGGAUGAGGAGAUGUCUCGGGCUGAACAGGAGAUUGCUGCUCUUGUGGAACAGCUGACUCCCAUUGAGCGCUAUGCCAUGAAAUUCCUAGAAGCUUCAUUGGAAGAAAUAAGCCGAGAGGAACUCAAGCAGGCAGAAGAACAAGUAGAAGCUGCCCGAAAAGACCUGGACCAAGCCAAGGAGGAGGUGUUUCGCCUACCCCAGGAGGAGGAAGAAGGGCCAGGGGCUGGGGAUGAGAUGUCCUGUGGGACUAGUGGAGGCACCCAUCGGCGCAGUAAGAAAGUCAAGCCUCCUGAAAGGCCAGGGACUCGUGUCAGUGAGCGUCUUCGUGGAGCCCGGGCUGAGACUCAAGGGACAAACCACACUCCUGUCACAUCUACCCAUCAUACCUGCAAUACCAUGCCCCCUCGAUGUAGCCCUGUGAGGGAGCGAAUUCCUAGGCCGGUGCCUAGGCCUCGACCUGAUCCUGUUCCUGCUCCUGCUCCUGCUCCUGCCCCUGCCCCUGCUUCACCUCCUGCCCCAGCACCAGCCUCUAUACCCAUUUCAGCCCCAAAUCCAGUAACCAUUCUUCCUGUCCAUAGCUUGCCUACUCCCCCACUUCUGCCUCAACUUCCUCGUUCUCCUGCCUGUACACCACCCCCCUGUGACCCUCUAUCUGCUUGUACCCCCUCACCAGCUCAGACUGCUCUCUUAACCUCUUCCUCACCAGUCCUGCUUGAUUCCCUUUCUGUUCCUAUCUCUCCUUCAGUCACCAACCUCCCCUUGGACUUGAGGCCUGAGGUAGAACUGUGUGCACAAGAGUUGGCAACUAUGGAGUCUCUGGAGCUUCCCAGAAUGACCAGUUCUGAGGCUUCCCUGCUUGUUCCUCCAAAGGAUCUUAGGCCAGUAGCUGUUGAUAUCCUGCCUGAGUCAGAGAAGUCUCUUCCUCUUCUCUCUUCUGCGCCCAGCCCGACCCUGGAGCCUAGCAGUGUCCCUAAUGGUCAAGAGCAGGAAGUGCCAGAUCCUGUGGAGGGGGCCAACCUCACACUGCUGCCUGGUAGUGAGGAGUUGCCCAUGGGUCUGAGUGAGAGCAGUGAGCUGGAACUCCCACCUUCGGCAGCAUCUGAUGAGCCACUUCAGGACCUGUUGGAGACUGACAGGAACUUGGAAGAGAUGGGAGAGGUUCAGACCCCAAUCUCUAACCCAGAAAAGCCACAAGAACUUGUUACAGCUGAGGUUACAGCCCACUCAACCUCUUCUUCUGCCACCUCCUCUCCUGAGGGUCCUUUGCCUGCUCGGCCCCCACGGCGUCGUACAAGUGCUGAUGUAGAAAUUAGGGGUCAGGGGUCUGGCAGACCAGGACAACCUCCAGGCCCCAAAGUACUUCGGAAGCUUCCAGGACGGCUAGUAACUGUGGUGGAGGAAAAAGAACUUGUGAGGCGGCGGCGGCAACAUCGGGGAGCUGCCAGCACCCUAGUACCUGGGGCCUCUGAAGCUAGCGCCAGCCCAGGAAGCCCAUCGACCCGCAGCGCAUCAGGGCCAGAAUCCUCACCUCCCAGCAGUGGGCCCUGUGAAGCUGCUACUUCAUCCUCACUGCCCAUCCCAACCCAGCAGCCCUUCAUAGCUCGUCAUCACAUUGAGCUGGGGAUGACUGGUGGGGACAGCCCAGAGAAUGGAGAAGGGGCAGUGCUUGCCAUCACUCCACCUGCUGUGAAACGUCGGAGGGGAAGGCCCCCCAAGAAGAACCGGUCUCCAGCAGAUGCUAGGAGAGGGGUGGAUGAGGCACCCUCAUCCACCUCUAAGGGGAAAACCAAUGGGGUUGACCCAGUCCCUGGGGCUGAGCCAGUAAUUCUUGCAGAGCCUGUCCUAGAACCCCAUUUUAUUCCUGGGCCCCAGCCUCUUGGACCCCAGCCAAUUCACAGACCAGAGCCCAUCAUCCUAUCACCUGUGGAGAAAAGGAGGCGUGGGCGCCCCCCUAAAGCACGGGAUUUGUCCAUUCCCCGGACCUCUCCAGGGGAUGGCGACUCAGAGAGUCGGACACAGCCACUCCCUUUCCCAGUACCCCUGACACCAGUUCCACCACUCCUACCCUGUCCCACUGCUGUCGCCAACACUGUCACCACUGUCAGCAUUUCAACAUCCCCACCUAAGCGGAAGCGGGGCCGACCCCCCAAGAAUCCACCUUCACCUCGGCCCAGCCAGCUUCCUGUCUUGGACCCUGACAACUCUUCUGUUUUUGAGAGCUGUGGACUGGGGAGACGGAGGCAACCCCUGGGCCAAGGGGAGAGUGAAGGCAGUUCCUCUGAUGAGGAUGGAAGCCGCCCUCUCACCCGCCUGGCCCGCCUACGUCUGGAAGCGGAGGGCAUUCGGGGACGAAAGAAUGAAGGGUCCAUGGUGGUGGCUGUAAUCCAGGAUGACCUGGAUUUAGCAGAUAGUGGGCCAAGUGGGUUAGAACUGACACCACCUGUGGUUUCGUUAACCCCCAAAUUGCGUUCAACCCGUCUGCGGCCAGGGUCUCUAGUCCCCCCACUAGAAACUGAGAAGAUGCCUCGCAAAAGGUCAGGAGCUCCAGUUGGUGGGAGUUCAGGGAUGGCAAAGCGGGGCCGCCUGCAGCCCCCAAGUCCCCUGGGGCCUGAGGGUUCAGUAGAGGAAUCGGAGGCUGAGGCCUCAGGUGAAGAGGAGGAAGGAGAUGGAACCCCACGCCGCCGAAUUGGUCCCCGCAGGCUCGUUGGGACCUCCAACCAAGGGGACCAGCGUAUCCUGCGUAGCAGUGCUCCUCCCCACCUGUGUGGCCCUACCAUUAGUCACAGAGGCCGAAAGGCCAAGACGUGA